UGCUUCAUCACCUGACCGCUAUUUGAAUAUUGAUUCUCCCCCAGCAGCCACACUGGUGCGCCUUCCUGUGUUGUUGUUGUCUGUCUGAUAUUGUCCGUCACCGCAUAUAGAGAUUUCCUACCACCGCCAAAAUGUCCUCACUGCUGAAGCCGUUCUCGGUGUGUGAGGGUCCGUGCGAGAGCUGCGGUGUGAGGAGAGGAUACCCGAGCUCGGCUCCCCUUCAUCAGCAGCCUUCAUCCCGGCGUCUGGCUGCCGCUGCCGUCGCGGCGGGGCUGGGCUCUCUGCCCGCCCACCAGCGCUCGUACGCGGCGCGGAGAAACCUGGCGGCUGCUGCAGUAGGAGGCAGGAAAAUAACGCAUCCCGGAAAAGCCAUCCUUGCAGGUGGCAUAGCAGGAGGAAUCGAGAUCUGUAUCACCUUCCCCACAGAGUAUGUGAAGACCCAGCUGCAGCUUGAUGAAAGAGCCAACCAGCCGCGAUACAGAGGGAUUGGUGACUGUGUGAGGUUGACUGUGCAGGAUCACGGGCUCAGAGGAUUGUAUCGAGGUCUCAGCUCCCUGCUCUAUGGAUCAAUACCCAAGUCUGCAGUGAGGUUUGGCACGUUUGAAAUGCUAAGUAACCCAAUGCGAGAUGCCACAGGUCGGCUAGACAACACGGGGAGCCUCUUGUGUGGCUUAGGGGCGGGUGUAGCAGAGGCCAUUGUGGUUGUGUGCCCCAUGGAGACACUGAAGGUGAAGAUGAUCCAUGACCAGUGUUCCCUUAGACCUCGCUACAGAGGCUUCUUUCACGGAGUCAGUGAGAUUAUCAGAGAACAGGGUGUCAGGGGGACUUAUCAAGGUCUGACAGCGACCGUGCUCAAACAAGGAACCAAUCAGGCCAUCCGAUUCUAUGUGAUGAACUUGCUGCGCAAUUGGUACAAAGGUGACGAUCCCAGACGAGAAAUGCACCCGAUUGUCACGGCGAUGUUUGGAGCGACGGCGGGAGCUGCCAGUGUGUUCGGAAAUACGCCUCUGGAUGUGGUGAAGACCAGGAUGCAGGGUUUAGAGGCCCACCGCUACAAAAACACAGUGGACUGUGCCUUCCAGAUCUUGAAGCAUGAAGGGCCACAGGCCUUCUACAAAGGAACAGUUCCCAGGCUUGGGCGCGUGUGCUUGGACGUGGCCAUUGUCUUUGUCAUCUACGAGGAGGUGGUCAAACUACUCAACAACGUGUGGAAGACGCAGUAGACGGGUGGUGACUGAGGUCCAGAGGGAAGCACAGAACAGUGCCUCACGCUACGCACAACUGAACACCUCUACUCAACUUCAUACAAGCUCUCCGCAUCGCCCUGCGCUGAUGACAUUCCACCAGUUCCCACUUCUACUGAAAUAAAUCAUUUGCAGGAUGUAUCCUCAACACACUGAUUUAAAAAAAACAAAAAAAAAGCAAAAAACGGUUGAGAUUGGGAGUGGCUGCUUGCACAAAACAAGUUCAAGUUCAAUUUUUAAUAUUUUUUCCCAGUCGCGCAGCUUAAGAAUCUGAAAGAAUAUUUUAAUUUGAAGGAAAGGAAACAUAAAAUGAAGUCGUGAAAUGAUGUGUUAUUUUGUGCGCCUGACCAAACUCAUUUUCUUGAGUCUUAUUACCCGAAAAAAAUAGUGUAUUUAGGGAACAAACACACAUAUUACUAACCAAAGUUUCAGAUUAGAGAAAAGAAAAAGUAACCUGCGUCGGUUUUAAAAAGAGUUAUUACGUAUGUCUGAUGUUUUACCUUCCUAUGACUGUUGUUACUGCACAUGUUGUAGAGUGAACACUUUGUACUGAAACCAUAAAUGUGUCUUUUGAUUCACUGACUACUUCUGACUACUCUGAAUGAAGACGAAGAUGCUACUAGACGAUAAUAAGCUGCAGUACUCUAAAAUGUCAGUGCAGUACUUCAGCACAUCUCCGUGUUGUUAUUGCUCGCUUGGCCGUGCUUGUGAUGUCAUUGCGCUAAAAUUUCACAGUAUUUCCUCGCCAGUGAUGAACAUUAGAUACAGUUCAUUGUGCAUUUUAUGGCCACUGCAGACAACAAAGAGUACAGCCGCAUGAAUCUUUGCGUAGCAUUUGGUCCUGUUAAUGCAAACAAAUCCAUAUUAAGCACAACGUUCACAUGCAGUGUUGAGAGUAGGAGACGCAUGCUGAUUUGUUAACAGAAAUAAGUGAGCCUAUUGUUGCCAUUCUGAGGAAAACUACUACAUUUUUAUUCAAAAUGGCAGCUUUAAUUGGGACUAUUUGAGCAGGAAUGCUUUGCUUGGAGCCUCAGUCAGGCUGCCUGCAGUAU